GCCAGUCACAUCAAGGUACACAAUGCCUAGUGCAGUGUAAGCAGUUGGGCGACCAGAGAGCCAGGGCUGUGGUGUGUGGAAAAUGCUAGUGGGGGCAGACAAUGCACUGUUCCGAGGCCUGACCAGCCCUCAGAGGGACAGGGGUUUGCCUCACUGCGACAACACCCCCCGUCUCCCUCCCUUCUUUUUCUUUUUUUGAGCUACCACAGCAUGGGCUCGGGGAGGACGCUGAAGUUCGCCCUGUGCGAGGUGCUGCAGUUUGCAGGCCUGUGCGUGCCGCUUUUCAUCGUCAUGCAGAGGUUUGCCAUCAUUGUAGCAAAGGUGAAAACCUCGGCGCAGCCCCCUGGUGAUGGCAGCACGGCCUACUGGUUGAUUGUGGCCUCUUCCAUUGCCUAUGUCACCUCCACCGCCCUGCUGGUCUGGGUGCCCCUGAAGUAUAUGGUCUUCAUGAAGAAGAAGUUCCUCAUUGGGAGGAAGAAGUGGAGGCCUGUAGCCCUCGUAUAUGUGAUCCUGUCCACAUUACCCUGCUUUGCCUUUCUCAUCGCCAGCUCUGAGGUUCAGAUAAAUAACAACCUGAAAGAUGAUACAUUCACGGAGCUCCCUGUAUCACUAGUCCUCUUCUCGCUCAUCUGUAUUGACGUUGUGGAGAGGAUUCGCCACUGCAGACUGACCGGACAGGCUAAUGACAUGGAGAGAGAUGCUGACAUCCCUUCCACUGUCCUCACACAUGUAGAACAGGUAACACCAGUAACACCAGUAACACCUAUCACUCCAGCUGUGCCGGGGCCAGCUGUGCCCGGGCAAGCUGUGCCGACUCCUAUGCAACCGGGCGCAAGCCAGCUCAACGACAGGAACCAGAACGGAGCUGGGGCUCGACCAGAGACCAACGGGACAGUCCCAGGGAUACCAGGUAAUACUGGAAGACCUUUUAGUAUCUCUGGAUUGAGUUCACGAUCGGCGAGCACCACAGCCUAUCGCAUACCUCCAUAUGCCUACACGGGUCCACUGAGAUUCCUGUGUGCCAGCGAUGCCCGAGCAGAUGUGUUUGUGGACAGCUUUAUGUUCUGGAUGGAUACAGUGGAGAUGGUGAGGGUGGCAGGACACCCCCUGGUCUACUACUCAGGCUGGGUGUUUCCCAUCUACAUCUUCAGCUACCUGUCUUGCCUGCGUGUGGUGGUCAUGCCCCACAGCCCCCUGCUUUCCUCACUAGGAGUGGCUGUGCAGGACUUUCCCUUCUUCUUUGUGCGUGUUGGCCUUAUUGCCUUCUUUGGCUUUGUCACACCCCUCCUAUAUCUGAUGAAGAACCUGUUGGUGUGCCUGGCCUUUGUCUAUUUUAACUUCAUGACCAAGCUGAGGGUCUUCAACACAGAGAGGAUGUUUUUUUGAGACCAACACUUCAGGCAAAGUCAGUGAAGCAUUAAAACAUACAGUGGGAGUAAUAGGUUGGUACAAUCAGGAAGGGCAGGGAGCUAGUUUAUGAAAAGCUGUUGCAACCAAACCAAAGUAUGAAUUUGUGCGCACGACCCAGAAGAGAUAAUUUGUUAAAAUGCACGAUGGUACUUUUCACAGGCCAAAAGGGAGCUUUUAGGCAAUGUUUUCCCAUGCAGGACAUUAUGUGUCAAAUGACUGUUGUGCGAUGUAUUAUUUAUUACCUUCAUGUUCAAAACAUCCUUUUUUUUAAACCACAAAAUCCCUCCCCCGUCACCAUGCAUGGAUACUUUUGGAAUGUACCUGUAAUGUCAUGAGAUUUUUUUGACUUUUUUCUACCACCAUAAAGUGCAGUGAAUAUGUAAAAGCAUAAAUACAUGUUGUUCAUAUUAGGUUUUUCUUUGCUAAGUUAUAUUCACAGAAGGAAAACACAGUGUGAGUUUGUAUCAUUGAUAGCAUAUACAUAUAUAUUUUGGUAAGAUUAAUAAAGAAAAUCAUCCAAAUAUAUGUUUUAAGUUUCACUAGUGUGGUUCAUCAUGUGCGCAGAGUAUACUGACAUGACCUGAACUAACAUGCGUAUGUGGGCUUGUGUUUUUGACCUCCAUGCAGACUUUUUACAUUGGAAUUCAUCUGCUUUCUUCACAGUCACUACCCAAGAGAGCAGGUUUCCUGUCAUUAUUGUACAAAACAUUCGCAUCACAUUCUUUCCCGCAAUCCUGCACGGUCCGGAGAACAAGAGCAAUGACAGCUAGAAGAUACUGUGUCAUUACACACGUACAAUCUGAUCUAGUACAACACAACAGCCCUUAAAAUACAUACAGUGCUGCUACUUUUGUGGAGAUAAACAUUCUCAGGGCAGGAUAAAAUGGCACAAACAAAAUAAUGCAAACAAUUACAUUUAGCAGGUGA